AUGGCAGAGCUGGUGUUUGAACAAGACAUUGCUGGCGUCAAGACCUCUUAUCUUGGUGACUGUGAAGGGCUGGUGACCGAAAGCUUUGUGGACGAACCCAACGGGCUGGUCUCCGUCAACUUGCUGGUCAUCUCUUCGGUGGCCGCCUUCGUCAUCGGAGCGGUGAUCUCGGGCUUCAGCGUGUGCUGGUUCAUCGGGCAUCGAGACCGCAAGGAACUGGCCCGCCGCAAAGACAAGGAGAACAUCCUCGCGCACGGCGAAUCCGUCGUCAGCGUCAGCAGGCUGGGGGACCGGCGCUCCCGGGGACCCGGCGGGCAGCCGGAGAACUUGCUGGCUCCCCUCAUGCAGAACGGGUGGCCCAAGGGACUGAUUAAGGUGGGCCAGCAUGACCUGGAUUCGGGGGUACUCCCCACCCCAGAACAAACCCCCUUGCAGCAGAAACGGUGUCCCAAACCAUGCAGCUGGGAAUACAGCCACAAUCUCAUUAACGCCUCCCUGCGAGGGGGAGACCCACCCUCCUCGGUCAUCCUUCUCCACGCGGGACACACCCCGGUGCCGUCUCACCUGAGCUCCGGGCGGGUCAUCCCCAUUUCCUGCCAGUCCGUGUUGAUGGACCAAGAGCUGGACGACGAAGGAGCCGACCUCUCGCUGGACAUGCGCUACCUCCCGGUUAGCGGUGGCGAGGGGCCGAGGGGCAUCCAGCCGCAGCAAGGCCCGCCGGCACACCGACCCUGCGGGACUCGGAGCUCCUAUGGCAGCGAGCUGCCCAUCACGCCACACGACAGCCCAGACCGGCGGCGGGUCGUCUCUGCUCCAAGUGGGGACACGGGGAGUCAGUGGAACCCCGAGAAGCUGAACUUCAAUAGUAACAACACAGCCAGCAAGGGGAGCACUCACCUGAAGCGCACGCACACGUUCAACAGCGGGGAAGGUCAGACAGCUUACGCCCGGGCCCAGCGGACCCCGACGCUGGGCCCUCAGCACACCCUGACAGACUUCAGCCAUCUCUUGAAAUACAGUGGCGCGGAGCGGACUCCUUCCUCUGUCAAAUAGGGCUGGUCAGGGGUGCGUGGCUUGGCUUGGCAACCUUCUUCCUCGCAAAGGGGUGGGGUUUCGCUGCAGAGAGGAGGAGGAGGAGGAGGAGGAAGAGCAAAGCAGGAAAACGACAGUGAGAGACGCUUGAUUCCCCCUUAGGUGGAAUGGAGGGGCUGGCACGCCCCCUUCCCAGGCGUACAGAUGGUCCCAGGAAGGAUCUGUUGGAGGCACAACAGGAGGACCUCUUCUUCGUGUGUGUGUGUGUGUGUUGGGGUUCUCUUCAUCCUGGCUCUUCCUCAUUGGAUUCUUCCUUGCCUUUGCGAAACUCCUCCUCCUCCCUGAGGGGGUGGGCAGGCAGGGGCAGACCCGGGCACUGCCCCACCCGUGCGUGGGCAAAGGUACUCUUAGUAGGAUGGGACAGGAAGGAACAGCGAUCGUGAAAUGAAUGGCAACCCGUAUCCGCUGCUAAGGAAAGAUUGGGAAGGCUGCACAAAGCAUUUGGGGGGGCCCUCCCAGUUGCUUUUCUCCUCCCCCCCCUUUUUUUUUUGCUCUGGAAGGGUGGGGUGCUCUGGAUUCUGUUCCAGACUCUGGAAGAGAUUUCCAAAAAUUAUAAUUGUCAAUUUCCUUUUUCCUCCUCCUGUUUUUUGUGCGGUUCCAGCGGGUCCCACGCACGCCGACAUGCACAGAUGUGAACGCACAUCCUAUGCUCCAGCAGGGCUGCUGUUCCUUUCUAGGAACGAGAACUUUCUUGGGGGAAGAGACCCCGACUCCCCUUCUCACUGGUGCUACAACUGGGUCCCACCACUGCAAAGGUUGUAUUCUUUUCACACCAGCUUCGAGGACAGGAUUCCUGGGUGUUACACAGGUGGUUAAAAGGUGGAUCGUGACAGUGGGGGGAAGUGGAAAUUAAGCCCAGCUUUCUUGGCACUCUGCCUGGGCUUCUAAGGAGCCUCACCUUUCAGCGGUCCCAGUUUGGCCCCCCUUGACAGGGUCUCCAGCUUUUUAAAAUGCCGUUUCUUACCAAAACACUCUGGCUUUGCACAGCAUGCUAAAACUGCCACUUCCUGAACUGCCCUUUAUAGAACAAAAUCCUGAGUUUGCGCCACAGACAGAAAGUAAACUGGCCAAUCCCAUUUUAACUUAGUGCGUUAUACGAACCCAGCCUUAAAAGAGGAGCAGGAGGGUGGCCUGGCCAGCUUGGUCGGGUUGGUACAAGCUCUUUGUUAAAAGAGUUUUGUCCAAUUUCAUAGCGGGGCAGAGGAAGUGAGUUUGGAAAGCCAGCCUGAAGAGGCUGACUCCAAUUUGGGUUUCCAGAGGACUGUGACAUGUUGGCGAGCCCUUGCUGCCAAACCCUGCUACAGAUACAGGACUGGGGUUUCAUCGGGCAUCUGAACAGGAACCAGAAGUGUAGGUCCCUUGUCCUGCCUCUGCACUCCAUGGAAGCUCCAUGGAACCAUAGCCAGAACUGGUCUUCCAUGGAGCGCCUUGGGCAGACAAAAUGGUUUUCGAUCGAGUUCUUCCAUCUGCCUUCUUCGAUUAAAAAAAGGAGAACGUUGGCAGCUGUACACAUGGGCUAGAAGACGUGAUGGGCAGAACCAAGGCAGAAAGUAAAAUAUCUUCUCUUGACGCUCACAGUUGUUUCCAUCCUGCCCAGGACAGCAGACUGUGCCCUCCUCCCCCCAGGGAAGGCCACUUGAGGUCAUUCAUACAACACGCUUAAUCAUUCAUGGGGUUUAUUACACGGUGCAUCUGAUCCUCCAACAGGGCAGGCUUCCAAAGCACAGCAAGCCACAGCAGAUUAACCAAGAUUAAUGCUAACCAAGCUUAGCAUGUUGUGUGAAUGUGGAUGUGUGGUCUUCAGUUGAUCUGGUUGGACAAGGAGGGCAA